CGCGCCGAUAAUCUGCAUCGCUACUUCCUUGUUAUCGUCGAGCUUGACCAGCGAUCCGGGAGUCCAAAUGCACAGGCCUACAGUCUGCCCUAAAGAGAGUGGACCGGGCGUCCAAGCUUAAGGCCUCCCCAGCCCUGAGCGACCAUGCUGUGCUGGGGCAGCACGGUGGCCGGCCAGCUGGGCCUGGGUGACUCGGGGCCCAUGGUUCCCGAGCCACGCUGCUGUCGGGCCUUUUUCGGCCGUGGCCUAAGAGAGGUGGCCUGCGGAGGGAACCACUCGCUGUUCCUGUUGCAAGACGGCAGCGUCUACACCUGCGGCUCAAACAGCUGCGGCCAGCUGGGUCAUGGGAAGGCCAGCGACAUCCCAGAGCUGGUCGGGGCUCUGGAUGCACAGAAGAUCGCCGCGGUGUCCUGUGGGCGCUCCCACUCGGUCGCCGUAAACGACCAGGGCCAGGUGUUCGCCUGGGGGGCGGGUGGCGGGGGCCAGCUGGGCCUGGGCACUACGGAGGAGGCCGUCAGAAUCCCCAGGUUGGUCAGGAAGUUGUGUGAACAUCGCAUCUCCCAGAUCAUGUGUGGCAACCACCACUGCAUUGCACUUUCUAAAGACGGCCAACUCUUUACGUGGGGUCAGAAUUCCAGUGGUCAACUGGGUUUGGGAAAGGCUCACCCAAGCACGCCAUCGCCAUCGCCCCUCAAGUCGCUGUCGGGCAUCCCCCUGGCCCACGUUGCUGCUGGGGGGGACCACAGUUUUGCCCUGUCCCUCUCUGGGGCCGUCUUUGGCUGGGGCAGGAACAACGCCGGACAGCUGGGACUCAAUGAUGAACAAGACCGCGCCGUUCCCUGUCAUAUCAAAUUCCUGCGGUCGCAGAAGGUGGUGUUCAUCAGCUGCGGAGAUGAGCACACGGCCGCCUUGACGAAGGAUGGGGGCCUUUUUACUUUUGGGGAUGGCUCGCAAGGGCAGCUGGGCCACGACUCCACCAACAAUGAGGUCCUCCCCAGACGGGUCCUGGAGCUGAUGGGAAGCGAGGUGUCGCAGAUCGCCUGCGGAAGACACCACACCCUGGCUUUCGUGCCUUCUUCUGGCGUGGUCUACGCAUUCGGCUGCAACGCCAAGGGCCAGCUGGGCACAGGAACCAGGGCCAACACCAGCAGCCCGCUGCCCAUUAAAAGCAGUCUCUUCCAUAGGGGAUCCCCCACGACAGAGUCUGGAAUUUAUGCCGUUUUCAAAAUUCAUUGUGGAGGAGACCAUAACUUUUUAUUGUACUCCAACCAGGAGAGCUGUGUGCCCCCCGAGGACUAUCGUGUUAUCAACGCCACCAAAAGCAUCUCGAUCAUUAAUCACGAAAGCCUAAACGCGUGGAGGACAAAACUGGUGGACAGCACGGACUCCAGUAUCACCAACGACAUCAUUCUUCUCCUUUCUUCAGCUGCUUGCUGGAAUGCCAGUUUCCUGGACCAGAGUGACGAUGGACACUUCAAGACCAAUCCAAAGGUCCCCGGCAUUGAUCUGACCUCGGUCAGGCUGUUCUUUGAGAUGCUCAUGAAGCCAGCGUUUUCCAGGCUGCUGGAGCAGGCCACCAAGAGCUUCGAGAGCUUCCUGAUCCCUCAGCUGCCGUGCUCUCCGCCGGACGUGGAGGCCAUGCGGAUCUAUCUGAUUCUUUCCGAAUGCCCUGUGCUCCAGGACUCCAAAUAUUACAUCACGCUGACCAUUCCUCUGGCCAUGGCGAUAUUACGGCUGGAUGCAAAUCCCAGUAAAGUCCUCGAUAACUGGUGGUCCCUGGUUGACUGCAGCGUAUUCUCACGCCUGCUGGAGAUGUACAAAAGCACGGUGGUUUACCUCCUGACGGGUGGCAAAUCGCUCCUGAUCCCGGUGUUCCUGGAAAGCUACAUUAGCGCCACACUGAGGCUGCUGGAGAAGUUGCACAAGGUGAACCUGAAAGCCCAGCACGUGGAGUACAAUCGAUUCUAUAUCCCUGACAUUACGAGUCUAGUGGACAUCCAGGAAGACUACCUCAAGUGGUUUCUGAGUAAACCAGAAAUGAAAAUGACGUCACCAGCCGUACAGAGCUCAGUGACGUUGUGUGCCUACCCAUUCAUCCUGAACGCACAAGCCAAGACAACUAUGCUACAGACGGACGCCGAGCUGCAGAUGCAGAUGGCGGUGAGCGGCGCCAACCUGCACAAUGUUUUUAUGCUGCUGACGCUGGAGCCGCUGCUGGCGCGGAACCCCUUCCUGGUGCUGCACGUGCGCCGUGGGCACCUGGUCAGCGACGCCCUGCGUGAGCUCGCCCUCUAUUCCGACGUCGACCUCAAGAAACCGCUCAAGGUUAUUUUCGAUGGUGAGGAGGCCGUGGAUGCCGGCGGAGUAACCAAGGAGUUCUUCCUGCUGCUGCUGAAGGAGCUGAUGGACCCCGUGUACGGCAUGUUCACCCAGCACUCCGAGUCCAACCUGCUCUGGUUCUCCGACAAAUGCUUUGUAGAGCAUAAUUGGUUCCACCUGAUUGGCAUUGUCUGCGGCCUGGCCAUCUAUAACUCCACGGUGGUGGACCUGCACUUUCCCCUGGUGCUCUACAAGAAGCUUCUGGACGUGGCUCCCACGCUGGAGGACCUGAAGGAGCUGUCACCAACAGAGGGCCGGAGUCUGCAACAGCUUCUCGAUUACGAGGGGGAUGAUAUCGAGGACACCUUCUGCCUCAACUUCGCAAUCACGAGGGAGCACUAUGGCCUGACUGAGGUGAAGGAGCUACUUCCUGGGGGAGAAGACAUUGUGGUGCAGAAGUCCAACAGGGAGGAGUUCGUCAGGGCCUACUUGUGCUACGUCUUCGACGACUCUGUGAAGGAGCUGUAUAGCGCCUUUUCCAGCGGCUUCCUUAAAGUGUGCGGGGGCAAGGUGCUCUCGCUGUUCCAGCCCUCGGAGCUCAUGGCCAUGGUGGUGGGCAACAACAACUACGACUGGGAGGAGAUGGAGAAGAAUGCUACUUACCGAGGGGAGUAUUCGGCGUCGCACCCUACAGUGAGAAUGUUCUGGGAGGUCUUUCACGAAUUUUCUCUGGAAAAGAAGAAACAGUUUUUAUUGUUCCUGACGGGCAGCGACCGCAUCCCCAUCUACGGCAUGCAGAGCCUGCGGAUCGUCAUCCAGUCCACGGCGGCCGAGGAGGACCACCUGCCCGUGGCCCAUACCUGCUACAACCUGCUGGACAUGCCCCGCUACCAGACCAAAGACACGCUGCGCCAGCGCCUCACGCAGGCCGUGGAGCAGUACGAGGGCUUCAGCCUGGUGUGACACCCCCCCCCUCCCGCCCCCCCUCCAAACCUACCAUCCUUACUGCCGCUGCACUUUAUCACUCUGUUUUAGGGUGGGGUCUAUCAAUUGUUUACUGGAAGAACAAUUAGAAGCAGGCCCAAGGAAGAUUAAGAUGUGGGACGUAGGUCUUCAGGUGACUUGAGCUGUUCCUUCUCCCUUUACCACGAGGACGACGGAUUGAUUUUCCUCUUUCGGUUUUCCUCGUGCACCCUGAAGGUGUGUGGACUCAAGCCUGUUGGUGUACUCUUGUUGCUCCCUCGUUCCUGCUCGAUGACGAGCGGCUCGGGGUUCACGGCUGUUUUUUCCAGACUGUCGUCACCAAGCGGGCGACUCUCCCCCCGCGGUGCUGCCCUACCGUCUUUCCCUCCCCCUGGUCUCCACCCAGCGCCGCCGUGACACACAGUUAAUCCUCCAGGCUACGGAACGCCGGCCCGCCUUACAAUCCCGGCACAUCGCGUUCUGGCCGCCUUUCCCCUCCCGGCACCGGCUCCCGCUGCAUAUGCGACGGUCGGGCCUGUGACCCGCGCAUCCUGCCUCAACUUCAUUUUUACUUGCGGAGUCUUCUGGACUCGAGGCAUUUCUAGUGAACAAGUAUCGUGUGAGCAUUGUGUGUCUGUCUGUGUGUGUGUGUGCGCGCGCGCAUGCAUGUCAGCGAGAGCAUUCAGUGAGCGGGGUCUGCUCACAGCAAUGGUGAGUAUUUUAAUAACGUCACCCUGCCCUUCUCUCCUAAUAAAAAGGGGUCACCUUCGUAAGAUAAAUGCUUUCAGAGUUGGAGAAAUGCUGUUUGUUGGACUGCUGUGUUUUUUUUUUUUUUUUUUGCAGUUUCUCCUUUUGCUCUGAAUAUUAAAUCUUAUGACCUGAAAAACAGAGUAGCCAUAAUAUUAAAUAUGACUAAUAGCUUUUUGCUCCCAGGAAUGAAAGUCCUAUGUUCUGUACUGUUUUUAAAAAAAUAUAUAUAUCACAUGACUAUCCUUUCCACUUUGGCUGAACAAGAAUUGGGGAUGGAGUGAAGCUAUAUCCUCACAUUCAAAAGCAAUAAAUAACGGCACCAGGACCGUACCGCCGUCAGGACAUAUCGGCGAAAUCUUUGCAAUGUUCGGUGAGCUGGGGUUCCAGCGCACUCCUCCCCUUGUCCUCUGGGACUGUGAAUAUAUCCAUUAUAUAUAUAUAAAAUGGUGCAGUUACUAAAUAUACCUACACAAUCAUGCUUGUACACACAGCCUCUUUUUUCGGUUUGGCAUUGCUGGUGGUUUGAUUGAUGUAGGUGCAAAAACGUGUUCCAUAUAGUGAAGGAAAUGCUCUAUUGCUGUAUAUCUGUUUGGCACAGCAGCUACUGGUAGGUAUUAGUGAAUAUUUACACCCUGUUCUGCCUCCUGAGAAUGUUACGAGUCGUGUAGUGUUGUGCAUUACAGCAAAGGUUUUUUUUUUUUUUGGGGGGGGGGGGGGGGGGGGGGUUUGUCAGUGUGCAAACAAGGGCUUGUGAAUGGCUAGUCAUGGAUUUUAUGAAAUAUUUAAUUUUAUACCUUCUGAAUGAAAUAUUUUCUUUAAAACCCCUUUUUCCACAGAUUGCACCUGAUUCCAAGGCUUGGAUUUUUAUGUUUAUUUUAGGCCAAAUAUGCUGGUUUCAUAAAAAUAAAAUGAAUUGUGAACAUGAA